CGCGCGUCAGUGCUGCACUAGCUCCAACGGAUAUACUCGCGAUAUCAAACUCUCGUUGUCCUGAUAUCGGCAUUACUUGCACACCUACGGAGCAAAAAUCCCGAUUUCAAAAAAGAAAAGCCCAAGUGUACAGUACUGUAUCCCGAAGAUAUCCAGAUUUUGUAAAAUAAUCGAAUAUGAGCGAGCCACAGUGCAAAAAAACCAGGAUGACCUCGAACUCCACGUUGGACCAGCUCAAGUCAAUGACUACCGUAGUCGCCGAUACCGGUGAUUUCGAGGCUAUGCAACAGUUCAAGCCAACAGACGCGACGACGAAUCCAUCGCUCAUCCUGGCAGCGGCGAGCCAAAAGAAGUACGCCCACCUCAUCGACAAGGCGGUACACUUGGCCCAGAAAUCCAGAACGUUGCAGGAACAGAUCGAGGCUGCCCUGGACUACACCUGUGUGCUGUUUGGCCUGGAGAUCCUGAAUAUCAUUCCAGGCCGCGUCUCGACGGAAGUCGAUGCUCGUUUGUCGUUCGACAGAGUGGCGAGCGUGAAAAAGGCCUGCAAGCUCAUUGCCCUGUACAAGGAGUUCGGCAUCGGCAAGGAGCGCGUGCUCAUCAAGCUCGCCUCCACCUGGGAGGGCAUCCAGGCAGCCAAGGAACUCGAGGAAAAGUACGGGAUCCACUGCAACCUGACGCUGUUGUUCUCGUUCGCCCAAGCCGUUGCUUGCGCCGAGGCUGGAGUCACUCUCAUUUCUCCCUUCGUUGGCAGGAUUCUCGACUGGUACGUCGCCAAUACGGAACAGAAAACGUUCACAGGCCCAGAGGACCCGGGCGUCAAGUCUGUCACGAAGAUCUACAACUACUACAAAAAGUUCGGUUACAAAACGGUCGUGAUGGGCGCCUCGUUUAGAAACGUCGAGGAAAUCAAGGCCCUGGCUGGCUGCGACUUCUUGACCAUUAGUCCCAAGCUCCUGGAAGAACUGGGCAAGAGUACGGAGCCCCUCGACAAGGCCCUCAGUGCAGAGUCCUCCCAAAAUACGGAGUUGCAGAAGAUCAAGCUGGACGAGGCUGCAUUUAGGUGGCACCUCAACGAAGACCAGAUGGCCACGGACAAGCUCAGCGACGGUAUCCGCAAGUUCGCCGUCGACAUGCGCAAGCUUGAGAAUCUCUUGCGGGAAAAGAUCGCACAGGCUUGAAUGAAAUAUUACUUGUCAUGCAUUUAUUUUGUGUAUAUUACAGCAGAAGAGAUAUAAUUGUAUGUUACAUUGCUUGUGUCGAGUAGAGACACACAUACGUCUAUAAGAAACGAUCAUUUGCAAUUGUGGACAAAAACGUCACAGCAAAUCUCUAGGAGGUUUCACGUACACUCGUUUGUUUUUUAUUAUUUUUUUAUUUUUUCUUGCUUUGGCCAAAUUUGUGUAUAUUAGGUAUGUAGGUAGCCCGGUCGCGAUAUCUAAAUAAAAACGCAUAAGCGCGCACAAAAACACGUACGAGUGCACGAAAGCGCGCACACAACAAGUUGCAAAGCAGACAAUUUUUAUUUCAUUUACUUAAGUACAGCUUAUAAUUGUUACAUCGUUACGUGGGAAAGAGAUUUGUUCAAGAGACUUUAUACAUAUAUAUCUACUUUGGAUUUUAUCAUUUUGUAGUAAUCAUAAGUUUUUAUCAUAAGUAGUGCCGUAUGGUCGAUUUUAUAAGCCAUAUAAGACGAGUAUAAUAUUUAUACUUUGAGAGGUAGAUUUUCAGAUAAAAGAUAAA